CGCCGCCAUCUUGGUCGUGGAGGAGCGGGCGGCACGCGUGAGUAAAUAGCGCGAGCCGGGAGCGGACGGCGGGCCCGGGGCGGAGAAGCGGCGGAGCGGGCUUCCCGCGCGUGGGGGUGGCCGACAUGACGGCCGCAGGUCGCAGCCCCCUGGAGCCGCUUCUGGAGACUUGGGAAGACCCCUCGGUGUCUCCCGGAGAGCAGACGGACGCCUACCUAACUCUGACCAGUCGUAUGACUGGACAAGAAGGAAAAGAAGUCAUUACAGAAAUUGAGAAAAACCUUCCUCGGCUGUACACAGUUUUAAAGGCUCACAUUUCCAGUCAGAACGCAGAAUUGAGUAGUGCUGCUCUACAAGCUUUGGGAUUUUGCUUAUAUAAUCCCAAAAUUACCUCGGGAUUAUCAGAGGCAAAUAUUCAAGAACUGCUUUUAACCUUGAAUGGUAUCAUUAAGAGUUCAGACAAAAAUGUGUGUACCAGGGCACUGUGGGUAAUAUCCAAACAGACAUUUCCCACUGAACUUGUUAGCAAAAUGGUAUCCAGUAUUAUUGAUUCAUUGGAAGUGAUACUAAGUAAAGGAGAGGUACAUUCUGCUGUUGUUGAUUUUGAAGCAUUAAAUGUUAUUAUAAGGCUAAUUGAACAAACCCCAGUUCAAAUGGGAGAAGAGUCUGUGAGGUGGGCUAAAUUGGUCAUACCAUUAGUUGUUCACUCAGCGCAAAAGGUACAUUUGCGGGGAGCCACUGCUCUGGAGAUGGGGAUGCCAUUGCUGCUUCAGAAACAGCAAGAAAUAGCCUUGAUUACAGAGCACCUUAUGACUACUAAAUUAAUCUCAGAACUCCAAAAGCUAUUUAUGAGUAAAAAUGAGACUUAUGUAUUAAAAUUAUGGCCUUUGUUUGUCAAACUUCUUGGGAAGACCUUGCACCGAAGUGGGAGUUUCAUCAAUUCUUUGUUACAGCUAGAAGAACUGGGCUUCCGUAGUGGAACACCCAUGAUUAAAAAGAUAGCUUUCAUUGCUUGGAAGAGCUUGAUAGAUAAUUUUGCUUUAAACCCAGAUAUACUUUGUAGUGCAAAAAGACUCAAGUUGUUAAUGCAGCCUUUGAGUUCCAUCCAUGUGAGAACAGAAACAUUAGCAUUAACAAAACUAGAAGUCUGGUGGUAUUUACUGAUGAGACUUGGACCUCAGCUCCCUGGCAAUUUUGAACAGGUUUGUGUGCCUCUGAUUCAGAGUACAAUAAGUGUUGAUAGUGUUGCUUCACCUCAAGGCAGUUCAUCUCGAGGGUCUGCUUCUCCUGUCUUAAGUCCACUGACUCCUGGACAUAAAGGUGCUUCUUAUCCUGCAACUCCACGCAUGAACCAGAGUUCAAGUAUAGGUGGAGUGGCUUCAAUCCCUUCCAUUCAGCUUCUGGGACUGGAAAUGAUGCUUCACUUUUUAUUGGGUCCAGAAGUCUUGAAUUUUGCUAAGCAACACAAGCUUGUAUUGAGCUUAGAGCCAUUGGAGCACCCACUAAUCAGCAGCCCUUCUUUCUUCUCCAAGCAUGCGAAUGUACUUAUCACUGCUGUUCACGAUAGCUUUGUUGCAGUUGGAAGAGAUGCUUCAGAUGCAGUCGUCAGUGCUAUCUGGAAGGAGCUCAUUAGCUUGGUGAAGUCAGUUACUGAAUCAGGAAAUAAAGAAAGAUCAGGUUCUGAAGUUUUGACCCUCCUACUAAAAUCUUUGGAAAACAUAGUGAAGUCAGAAGUAUUUCCUGUAUCAAAAACACUGGUCCUCAUGGAAAUUACAGUUAAAGGACUUCCUCAGAAAGUAUUAGGUUCACCAGCAUAUCAGGUUGCUAAUAUGGAUAUUCUUAAUGGAACUCCAGCUUUGUUCUUAAUCCAGUUAAUUUUCAGCAAUAAUCUUUUAGAAUGUGGUGUAGCAGAUGAAAAGUUUUUUCUCAAUCUAGAAACACUGGUAGGAUGUGUGCUUUCUGGUCCGACUUCACCAUUGGCUUUCAGUGAUUCUGUAUUAAGUGUCAUUAAUCAGAAUGCAAAGCAUUUGGCAAACAAGGAGCAUCUCUGGAGAAUGUGGAGUAUUAUAGUCACUCCACUGACUGAUAGGAUUCAUCAGACCAAUGAAGUGAAUCAAGGUGAUGCCUUAGAACAUAAUUUUAGUGCCAUCUAUGGUGCAUUGACUUUACCAAUAAACCAUGUUUUUUCAGCUCAGACAUUUCCCAUGGCUACCAUGAAGACUUUACUUAAGACGUGGUCAGAGCUAUAUAGAGCAUUUGCACGCUGUGCUGCUCUGGUGGCGACAGCAGAAGAGAACUUGUGCUGUGAGGAACUUUGUUCUAAGAUACUGUGCAGCGUGGAAGAUGAAAUCCUCUCGGAUUUGUUAUUCUUGGACAGGAUCUCUCAAGUUAUUAACGUAAUGGUUGAUUGUAUCGACUUUUCACCAUAUAAUAUUAAAUAUCAGCCCAAAAUCAAAUCACCACAGAGAUCUUCAGAUUGGUCCAGAAAGAAGAAGGAACCCCUUGGGAAAUUGACUUCUUUAUUUAAGCUAAUUGUGAGAGUGAUCCAUUCUUUCCACACUCUGAGCAUCAAGGAAACAUAUUCUGACACACUGCUUACUAUUGGUAACUCUGUCAUCAGCAUGCUGUCCAAUAUAUUUGGACAUAUUUCCUUGCCAUCUAUGAUCCGUGAAAUAUUUGCCACUUUUACAAGACCUCUGGCUUUACUAUAUGAAAACUCAAAGCUUGAUGAAGUUCCUAAAGUGUAUAAUAGUCUGAACAACAAGUUAGAAAAGCUAUUAGGAGAAAUCAUUGCUUGUCUACAGUACAACUACCCUGGAGCCUACGACAGUGAACUUCUUGGACAACUUUCUCCACUUCUGUGCAUAGUAUUUCUUCACAAGAAUAAACAGAUUCGGAAACAGAGUGCUCUGUUGUGGAAUGCUACAUUUGCUAAAGCGACAGCUCUGGUUUAUCCCGAGGAAUUAAAACCAAUAUUAAGACAAGCCAAACAAAAAAUUUUGCUUCUGUUGCCUGGUUUGGAAAAUGUUGAAAUGAUGGAUGAAUCCAGUGGGCCAUAUUCUGAUGCAACAGAAAAUUCACAAUUAAAUGUCAAGAUAAGUGGCAUGGAAAGAAAAUCAAGUGGAAAAAGAGAUUCAUUUUUGGCACAGACAAAGGAUAAAAAAGAAAAUAUGAAGCUGUCGACCAAACUGAAAGUAGAAUCUUCGUCUCCAAAAUUAAAGAGCAGUAAUAAGCUUUUGGAAGAGGAAAAAUCUACUGACUUUGUGUUCAUACCUCCGCAAGGAAAAGAGGGAAAGGCAAGGAUUCUGACUGAGCACCAGAAAGAAGUACUCAAGACAAAACGGUGUGAUAUUCCUGCCUUGUAUAAUAAUCUGGAUGUUUCACAAGAUACCUUAUUUUCUGCUCAGUUUAGUCAAGAAGAAUCUAUGGAAAGCCUCACUUUAACUGAAAAACCAAAAGAAGAUGCCAAGAUAAUUAAGGAGGAACAAAUGGAGAGUGCCAUUUUCAUCUCUCAAGAUGCCAUGGAAAACAGUUGUGUGGAUGAACAUCCUGAAAAGGCUUCUUUACCAAAUGACUCUGGGUCUGUUGCUGAAACCAAUUCAGAAACACUGAGCGCUGGUAUUGAUGAUACAAAAAACAUGCUAAUUUCGUCAAAGAUAAUGUCAGCUGAAUAUUCAUCUGGUACAGAAAGUUCACUGGUGGUCAGCAAUAGUUCGGUUUAUAAUGCCACUGUUUCUGGAACUCCUUCACAGCCUACAAGUCGGAGACAAACCUUUAUUACUUUGGAGAAAUAUGAUGGUUCAGAAAAUAGACCUUUUAGCCCAUCCCCUUUGAAUAGCAUGUCAUCCACUGUUACAGUGAGAAAUAACCAGGAAAACACAACUAAAACUGAUAUGCUACCAAAAGCAAGGAAAAGAGAAGUGACUCACUCAAAAUCUGACUCAGAAAAACUAGUGAACGGAGGUAAAAAGUCAGGACGGAGAUGGAGUAAAGUUGAGCAGUCAACUAAUAAAAAGUCUAAGCCUUCACUGAGAUCUGAACAGGAGGAACAUGCAUUAGAAAAUAACCCUCCUGAUUUGCUCAGUCAAACAGAAUGUCUGUCAAAUCACGAUCAUCCUUCUGGAGCUACCCUAGAGCAUGAAGAUAGAAAUCCUAAACCAACAGGAGAAAAUGCUUCAUUGGAAGACUCCACUACAGAAGAGAAAAACGUAGGCAUUAAUAUGGAAUCUAAAGAAAAUACACCUCCGGUCGCAGCACCAGCAGAUCAAAUAGUAAAUGAAGAAAGUCAAGCUGUAGUAGCUCCAAAUCCAAAAACCCUCAGACGGUCUUCAAGGCGACGUCCAGAAAUAGUGGAGUCUUCCAAUGACAGCCAAGAUAAGGAUAAUGGUCAACAAAAAAAGGAAAGACGGAAGGAAGAAGAAAAAACAGUUACAAAGAGUCCGUUGCAUAUAAAAGAUGACAAGUUGCCCAAGCAAAAACUAACUGCUGAGUCAUCUAUACAGGAAAAUUUAACCGAAAAAGGAAAUAGUUUACAUGAGAAAACUUUAGAGGAACCCAGUGCUAAUGCUGAAAUUGACCAAAAUAAAAGAAAACCAGACCAUGAGAACAUUAGUUCUGAGGGAGGUAGUACCCAGGACAAUGUAGAUAAGUCAUCAGAGAAACCUUUGAGAGGACGUACACGUUACCAAACAAGAAGAGCAUCUCAGGGGUUACUAUCAGAACUAUCAGAACCUGAUAGUUCUGAGUCAAAGGAAGAAGUUUCCAGAAAGAAACGAUCUGGGAAAUGGAAAAAUAAAAGCAGUGACAGUGUUGACAUUGAAGAACAAGAAGAAAAAAUGGUCGAAGAGGAAUGUGUAAAAACUGCACAUGAGAUACAUGAGGGUCAGGCAGUUCCUGAAGCUCUUGUAGAUGCAGUGGCUCAGAUUUGUGAAGAAAGUACCAAUAGGGUAAUCCUUCAGGAGUCUGCUGGGUCUUCAGAUUCCCUGCAAGUUACUGAUACCCCAGUUACAGGUGAGGACACAAGUAAGACUAGCAAAUGUGUAGAUAACUCCUUUGCAAGUCCACCUGUGCCUGAAUCCAAUCUCAGGACUAGGAAUGCCACCAAGAGAUUAUAUAAACGAGAUACUGAUAGCAGUGUGGGAGAAUGCUCCAAAAUGGAGACAGCAGACAUUUCUGUGCCUUCUGAGAAAUGGGCCCAAGCAGUUGAAUGCCAACACAAGAGAAGCAGGAGAGUCAGGAGGUCGAAGAGCUGUGACUGCUGUGGGGGAAAAUGGCAAUCCCAGGAAAAGUCACUUACUGGGUUAAAGAACACAGAGAGUUGUGCUAUAAAGAGCAUGGAGACAAAGACAGCCGGUAUGCGAGCACCUGAGCUUACACCUGACACUGGUGAAGCUAAUGAACACGCUGAAACAAAGCUGGUAGAUGAACAUGCUAGUAUGCAUUUUCAUUUGGGUCUUAAAGAAGAGAACGGUGCUCCUGGUGACUUAGUUAAGUCUGAAACUGGAUUGGAAGAAGAUCGAAAAAAAGUUGUCCCAUCUGAAAUAGGAAAUAUGAAAGAAAAAUCUCAGGAUACAGAUUCUAGUGAAAUAGUAUCUGAAAUCCAAGAGCCAGGCAAUGAAAAAUUUACUGCUGAAGACCCAUGCUUACGUGAUUCCAAGGACAUUUCACAGAGAUCUUCUUUAGAUAACAAAGUAGAAAGUCCAGACGCUGUUCUGAAAAGAGAAUCUGACAUUGGCGAUGUCAGGAAGGCAUGCAAAGUCAUAACUGGAUCCAGCUCAGAGGGUGGUGAAGCUAUGGAAUUAGAUGGAGGAAAUGACUCGCUUGGAGCUGCCUUCUCUGAAAAGAGUGCCCACAUGGAUAUUCCUGUAGAUGUGACAGCAGAGGAAGAUAAUAAAAAGGAUGAAUUUGAAGCAGUCACAGCUGAAGUGAAUGCUGAAGGAGCAGCCACCAAGGGCUUUAAUUCUGCUCUGAGUCUCUGUGAUCAUGCCACACCUGUAAGCAAGAGUGUCGAGAGUGAGCAUUCAGCAAGAGUGGACCUGGAGGAUGGUGUUCAGUCUGAUUCUGCAAGAGCAGACCUGGAGGAUGGUGUUCAGUCUGAUUCUGCAAGAGCAGAUCUGGAGGAUGGUGUUCAAUCUGAUUCCGCAAGAGCAGACCUGGAGGAUGGUGUUCAAUCUGAUUCCUCAAGAGCAGACCUGGAGGAUGGUGUUCAAUCUGGUUCUGCAAAAGCGGACCUGGAGGAUGGUGUUCAGUCUGAUUGCGGCUCCUGUGAGGAAAUGAACACAGAAACAGAAAGUUCCAAAGCAGCAGUGGUAGCCCAGUUGAAGAUGGAAGUUGGCGACACUGGGGAAGAGGAUAGGGGCACGAUUGUUAGCACCUCUACGUCUGAAGAAACUCCAGGUGGAAGACCAGGAGUCAAAACUGAGAGCUUUGUUUGCGACACACUUGAAAUGAGUUCUGAAGAAGGAACUGUUUGUUACAAAACUGAAACAAACAUUGAACUUAAAUUGGUUGAGACAAAAUUGAGUGACAACCAAAAUGUAGUGAAUAAUGAUGUUCUGCAGGAAGUUUGCCUCACUUCAGAGAAAGUGGAGGAAUUACCACAGUCUCUGACAUCUGAAGUGGCUUCUGAACUGGUAGGAGAAAACAGUAAUGCUUCUCCUGAAAAAUUAAGAGAGCUGGACCCUUCACUUGGAUCAGCAAAUGAAAGUCCUAGUGGUAUGCAAGCACGCUGUGUCUGGUCACCAUUGGCUUCUCCAUCCACAAGCAUUUUAAAGAGAGGACUUAAAAGAGCCCACGAAGAUGAGAUCUCAUCACCAGUUAACAAGGUUAGACGUGUCUCGUUUGCAGACCCAAUAUACCAAGCAGGAUUGGCAGAUGACAUUGAUAGGCGCUGCUCAGUUGUUAGGUCACAUUCUUCAAAUAGCUCUCCCAUAAUAAAAAGUGUUAAAACUUCACCUACUUCACACUCUAAGCAUAAUACCACUUCAGCCAAAGGAUUUCUGUCCCCAGGAUCACAGAGCUCUAAGUUUAAGAGCUCAAAGAAGUGUUUAAUUACAGAAAUGGCCAAAGAAUCCAUGCUAUCCCCAACAACAGAGAGUGUUUACCCAGCUUUGGUAAACUGUGCGGCAUCAGUCGACAUCAUUUUACCUCAAAUUACAUCAAACAUGUGGGCAAGAGGUCUAGGACAGCUUAUCAGAGCCAAGAACAUAAAGACAAUUGGUGAUUUGAGUACUCUUACAGCAUCUGAAAUAAAAACUCUUCCUAUUCGCUCUCCAAAGGUGUUUAAUGUAAAAAAGGCUCUCAGAGUGUACCAUGAGCAACAGAUGAAAUCUCGUGGACUUGAAGAGAUUCCAGUUUUUGAUAUUUCUGAGAAAGCAGUAAAUGGAGUAGAAAGCAAGCCCCUCUCAACUGACGAAGAAAGGCUUGCCUCAGAUUUGAUUGAUCCUGUAACCGUGGAUACCCCAUUGUCUAAAAAUCUGGUGGCACAAAUUAGUGCUCUUGCUCUUCAACUGGAUUCAGAAGAUCUGUACAGUUACUCUGGAAGCCAGCUAUUUGAAAUGCAUGAGAAACUUGGUACCAUGGCAAACUCUAUAAUAAGAAAUCUACAGUCACGUUGGAGAUCACCAGUCCAUGAAAAUUCUUAGUAUUUUAAGAGAAAUGUAAAGUUUUUUCACCACCAGAUUUUAUUUUUUGGCUUUUAGAAAUACCUGCACUGCACCAUUUAAAGAGGAAACUUUGAAGAGUUGAUAAGAUAUCAAAUCCUGAAAGACAAUGAAUUAUUAGAUCAGUUUUAUAAAUUCAUUAGUAAAGAUAUUCCCUACUGUAUUUUCUUGGCCAGUAUACAUAGUUUUUUUAAGAAAUUUAAAUGUUACUGAAACUUGAAAGCAAAUGAGAUAUACAUACUUUUUUUUUUCAUACUUUAACUCAUGCAUAUUUUGGUGUAGCUCAUAAUACAAAUAUUUUAAGUAAGAUAGAAAAGUUUUAUUUACACUUGAACUGAUAAAGGUGUUUAUACUUUUUCAAAAUAUUUAUAUUUGUUGUGCUUGGUGAAACACCUGUACUGAGAUGCAAAGGAAUGAGAGCAUUUCUUUCAGGUAAUACCUGUAGAAAACCUUUGAGAGAAAUACCAAGUUUCAAUUUGUUGUGAGUUAAAAUUAAUGCUUAAUUGCUAACAUUCCAUUCAUUUGGCAUUGGCAAAUAUUUGUGCAGCAGCAUUUGCCUGUGAAAAUGUGCUCUUAUGAGGUAUAGUGUUCACUCUUACAUGCAUGACUGUUUGUACAUUAUGUAUAAAAGACAGUGGUUUUUUUAAUUUAUAAAGUUCAGCCUUCAUUAAUUGCACGAGUUUCUGCAGCUUCAUGUGAAUACCAUUGUUUUGUUUAAUAGAAACUUUUGUAUAUAUUUAAUAUCAAAAUAUCCAUAUGGAUAUUAAAAAUACUUCAUGACGUACUGUGGAUAUUUGUAGGAGUCUGUAUCUACAAAUAAAGCAACAGAUAGUUUUGUAUUUAGUUAAAACAUGAGUUUAUUUUCUAAAGUGUCCAGAAUACUUAAAAUUAUUAGAACCAAAAAAUAUUACAUGCCACUACUUUUUUUUUUUUUUUUUCUUUUUCUUUUGGUUUUGGAAGAGGAUCCCAAGCCACUAGAAAAUGUGCCUAUGUUUCUUCUUAAUGGAGAGUUAGCCUGGAUAUUUUCAUUGCAGAUUGUACUAUAAGACAUAGAGAUACCUGGUUUAAUCACAUAUGUUGAAAACUAAACUUGGAAGAAAUUUGAAAUUGCCCUUUUUAUAUGUAUGUUUUGUCUAGUUAAAAAAAAAUAGGAUAUAUAAUUAAACCGUUUGUAAAUUUUACCAAAUAGUUAGUGCCUAACUUCAUAUAUUUGUUUCAUCUGUGGGUUGUGGUUUUUGUUUUUUGUUUUUGUUUGUUUGUUUUUUGGAGAUAUGGUCUCUGUGUAGCCCAGGCUAGCCUUGAACUUCUAUGGUCCUCCUGCCUCUGCCUCCAGAGUUCUGGGAUUACAGGUGUUUGUUACCAUGCCUGGCUGUAUUGUAUGUUUUCCCAAAGGAUAUAUCUUGCUUGUGGUUUUUUUUUUUUUUUUUUUAAUAAAAUCAAUGGGUGAUCUUAGUUUCAAAUUCAGUUCAAUCUCUGCUUAGACAUUCCAACUGUUUGUAGUUUAAGGUUUGGACCUUUUUUUUUUUUUUUUUUUAAGCAGAGACACCCUCCCCUGCUGCCCCGAGUAAAUAAAGUUGGUAUCAUUUUUCAUUCAUAAGUAACUACAGAUAUUUUUAGAUCUAAGUAUAUUUACCUACAAAGAUCAUCUUAAGAAUUCUGGAACUGUUGGACUCUUAAGGACUUAGAAGUCAAUAACUAAUGAGGAAAAGACUGUCUUUUAAAAACAUUGAUAAUGGUGGAUUGCAUUGUCAGUCGCUACAUUAAGCAUUAAGAGGUGUGCAUGAACAUUCAGUGAGUAGUAUCGAUUAGCCAGGAGUUUGUGGGGAGUGGGUGGAGUGCUCAUUUCACAAGCUGCAUUCCUUAACCCUUGUCUACUCACUCGUAGGCACAGCAGAGUUCUUAGGGAAGCUCAAAGUGUAGCAGGAAAUGUGACCAAAAUGAUGAUUUGCUGAAGUUUCUGAAUUUAAUAAAAGUGCAGAUCUGAGUUAAGUUGUAGUUCAAGGAAAUUGUGUUUUAAAAUAUUGGUUGGUACCAUUGGUCAGUUUAUGGAAAAUAUAAUGUUGAGUCAGUUUACUUUCAGUAUUCUUGGCUUAACUUUUUUUGAGCAGAUUUCCACAUUAAUUCCUAAAAUAGCAAAAAGCAUUAAUAUUUCUGAAUUGACUCCAAUGUAUUGCUUCACUUUUACAUGAAACCCCUUCUUCAGACUUUUUCUAAUGUUUAAUUUAAAAAAACAAGCAAAUAUUGACAUUCCAGUGUGAUGCCCUAAUUGUUUUAUGUAUUGAAACAAAUCAAGAGCUGGUUAGGUGGCCCAGAAGAUACAAUGUGCUUUCCACCAAAUCUGAUUAUGACUUGAGUUUAAGCCCUGAGAUCCACAUGGUAGGAGAGUGGUCCUUUGACCUCUAUAUGUGCAGUGCACACAUGUGCACACAUACAAAUAAAAUUAAUUUUAAAAAUUUCUUAUUUCCUGUGCAUAAGUGUUUUGCCUGCAUGUGUAUAUAUGUACUAUGUACAUACCUGGUGCCCAUGACAGCCAGAAGAAGGCAUCUGAUCCCUGGGAAAACCAGAGUUAUUAUAGACAGGUGUGAGCUAGCCUGUGGGUCCUGGGAAUCAAACCCAUGUCUUCUGAAAGGGCAGCAAAUGCUGUUGUUAACUGCUGAACCAUCUUAAUUUUUUAAAAGAAGCAAGUGGUAUGAAAAGCAUCUAAUUUUUCAUGUCUGAACAUAGUGGAUUUUGAUGUUCAAACUGAGUUUAUUACUGAAGAUGUUGCUCUGUUUCAGCAAGUUAAACUACUGCUGAAUACUGCAGGGUCUUUGCAUUUCAAAUAGUGAGCAAUGAGCUCACUUAAUCAGGUUAAUACAGUUUUUAAAUAGAAUUUAAAUCCAAAGAUUAAAAGCACAGUUGUUGAAUAAGAGACAUUGCCUUUGUAUUCUUGUUUUUUCAGUACAACUUGAAAGUAGCUAAGAAUCCACUUACAUAUUUAAGGGUCAUUAGAAUGUCAAUAAUUUAAAAUGUUAAUAGGUGGACACUGGACGUGGUGGCUUGUGCCUGUAAUUGCAAUACUUGGGAGGCUGAGGCAGAUAAUUGCUUUGUGCUAAGUCCAACCUGGUGUACAGAAUAAAAACCUGUUUUAAAACCCAUAAAACUGGGGGAAAUUAGGGUCUUAAAAUAUAUAAAUCAAGGUUAUGUUUUAUAAAUAUUAAUUGGAGGAUUUUAUUUGGUUUAAGGUAAGAAUUUGAAAAUAAAAUGCUGGUUCUGAAGUCAGUGGAAGUAUUAGAUAACACUGCCCCUUACUGGCCUUGCUUUCAGCUUUGACUAAGGCUCGGGGUUCAUUUCAUUAUUAAGGUUGACUUGAGCCAGUUGGUCAGCCAUGUCAGCAGGCUAUAGAACUGCAAUUGUGGGCAUUUUGGGGGUGACACUUGAUUGGGGGCAGAAGCCUGCAUUUAUUAUCAUAACUAAUUUAGGCUGGCCUGGAACUCCCUUUGUAGACCAAUUAGUCUCAAACCCAUAGCAACACUUCCUUUAGCCUCCCAAAUGUUUUGAUUAUAGGCAUGUUAAUUGAUUUUGCAGUUUUUGAUCACUCAGUUAAUGGUUCUCUCUGUUAUGUUCCUGGCUUUAUAUUUGCUCUUUGGAAGCAUCCAUUAAAGUCCAUGUCUUUCAAAUUUCA